AUGUGCUCCCGCGGGUCCUGCCACAACUACGAGUCCUCCUGCCAUGGAUCUAGCUCUGGCUGCCAUGGAUCCCACUCUGGCUGCCACAGCUCAGGAUCCUCCUGCCAUUACACCAUCCAGAGGCAGCCUGUGCAGAAGUUCACCUACGUGACACCCUGCUACACGCCCAUACAGUCUUAUUGUCCCCCUGUGCAGCGUUAUUGCCCCCCUGUGCAACGCUACUGCCCCCCAGCUCCCUUCUGCCCCCAGUACACCAAGAACAUCUGUGACCUGCCACCAAAAUGCCCCAAGUACUAA